AUGGGGAGACUCGAGGGCAAGGUCCUGAUCGUGACAGGCUCGGGAUCCGGGUUUGGACGGGGAGUAACGAGAAGCAAGAUCGUGCAGAAAGUAACGUCUGAGGGAGCCCGCGUGGUGGGCAUCGACCUCAACGGCGCCGGGAACGAGGAGACCAGCCGCCUGCUCGCCCCUGGGGCACAGUUCUCAUCCCUCACCGGCACUGUGGCCGCGGAGCAGACGUGGCGCGACGCCCUACAGCUGGCGCGGGACCGCUUCUCUGCCGUCCCGGACACGGUGGUCAACUGCGCGGGCUACGUCCACCUGGGCGCCGAUGCGCACACGGUGCCUGAGGAGGACUUCGACCGCGUCUGGCAGGUCAACGUCAAACCGCUGUAUCUCACGGUGAAAGUCGUCGUGCCGUGCUGGAUCGAGAACGGCGUGGCCGGCCAUGUCAUCAACAUCGGCAGUAUCGGCUCCCGGAGACCCAGGGCCAGCACUAUCUGGUAUACGGCGAGCAAAGGGGCUCUAGACACGGCGACUGAGGGUCUGGCGGGGGCGUAUGCCAAAGACCGAAUUCGCUUCAACAUCAUCAGGCCGUCGUUUGGGAAUACACCAAUGGCGCCACGGGUUGUCGCCGGUGCUGACAGCGAGGAGGGAAAAGCUAAGCGGCUGGCGACGCUCCCGCUCGGUCGCCUGUGUGAGCCUGAAGACGUCGCCAACAUGACGGCGUUUCUGGCGUCAGAUGAAGCAAAUUAUAUCACUGGCGCUGGGUUCAACGUUGACGGCGGACGAUACGUGUCGUGA